AUGGCUGGAGAGGAGGAGCCGACAUCACACCGCGAUCACAGUCGCGGCAGAACAGAUGGAUAUUCGUCAGAUACACAUAAUCAGCUCGAGGUCGUCCUUCAACCUGAAUGCAGCCAUCGUCGCAAAUCCUCCCUCGUCAUGGCAGACGAUCCCAUGACGAGACCUGAUCUUUCGCAUGCCGACCAGACGACAGCGUGUUUCGUGCACUCGCUGAUAGCAGGGGAAUGGGGGGAUCCGACGAACAAAGUGAAGGUGUUAGAGGGGGUAUUGAAGGGGACGAAGGACGAGAAAACAAAACAAGAAGAAGAAGCAGCAAUGGAAGAGGACGACGAAAAUGAGAUAGAGAAAGAAAUGAUGCAAUCACGACACCUGACGAAGAAGCAGUUAUCCGACAUGGCGUGGAACGUGCGCAAGCUGUCCAAGAAGCUGGACAGUAUCAAGUUGAAACUCACGGUCAAGACGGUAUUCCUGGUCACCAAGGCGGGCGAUCAAUCGGUGAUUGGAUCGACGAGGGAGGUCGCCAGGUGGCUUCUGUCGAGGGAUCGCGAUACGCAGUAUAACGUGUAUGUGGAGAAACGGUUGGAGACGGAUCCGGAGUUCGGUGCAGCAGAGAUACUGAGGGAGGAACCGUCGGCGAAGAGUCGGCUGAAGUACUGGGACCAUGAGCUGGCGGCGGAGAGGGCUCAUUUGUUUGAUUUCGUGGUCACCCUCGGAGGAGAUGGUACUGUGCUGUUUACGAGUUGGCUGUUUCAGCAUGUGGUGCCGCCGGUGUUGUCGUUCUCGCUUGGUUCGUUGGGCUUCUUGACCAAGUUUGACUUCAAUGAGUAUCAGAAGACGCUGUCGGCUGCGUUUAAGGAUGGCGUGGUCGUCAAUCUACGACUACGGUUUGAGUGCACGAUUAUGAGAAGUAAUCCAUUGCCGAAGGGGGAGUUGGGCCCCGGUGGGAAACGGGAUUUGGUUGAGGAGUUGAUUGGAGAAGAGGGUGAUGAUACGUUAACGCAUAGACCGGACAAGGUGCUUCAGAUAUUGAAUGAUGUUGUUCUUGAUCGAGGGCCGAAUCCUACUAUGUCAUCGAUUGAGUUGUUCGGCGACGAUGAACAUUUUACAACGCUGCUUGCUGAUGGUGUUUGCAUAGCGACACCAACCGGCUCAACUGCGUAUAACCUCGCAGCUGGAGGGUCAUUGUCUCAUCCGGACAACCCUGUUAUUCUCGUCACUGCAAUUUGCGCCCAUACACUCUCCUUCCGGCCUAUAAUCCUGCCAGAUACGAUUGUUCUCCGAAUGGGAGUACCUUAUGAUGCCAGGGCGAGCUCAUGGGCCAGCUUUGAUGGCCGGGAGAGGAUCGAAUUACACCCAGGCGAUUAUGUGACGGUUUCCGCAUCGCGAUAUCCAUUCGCGAAUGUUCUACCCCGUGGUCGACGUGGAGACGACUGGGUGCACACUAUUUCCAAGACACUGAAUUGGAACUCUAGACAGAGGCAAAAGAGCCUCGACCCGGUGGAUGAAGCAAAGCGCAAUAAAUAG